ACUGGAGAGGUUUGCCGAAUGACGGCCUGGAUAUGGAAUGGUCGUUUGGGGCAAAGCUGGGCGUCUCCGUCUUCUUUUUCCCUUUGCUGAUUCUCUUCGUCCUGCGGUUCGUGAAGCGACGUCUUCCUGUCACUCCUAAUGCUGAUGUCAAACUCCUGGUGGUUGCCGGUUCUGGAGGACAUACUACAGAAAUCUUAAGGCUGCUUAACAGCCUCUCCAAGAAAUAUGCUCCCAGGCAUUAUGUUUUGGCUGAUUCAGAUAAGAUGAGUGAAGAAAAAAUCCGUUCUUUUGAACAGAAAAGAGCUGCAAAAUACCCCGAUUCCUCGGAAUUACAGUUCGCCCUCCAUCGCAUUCCCAGAAGUCGAGAGGUCCGUCAGUCCUGGAGCUCUUCACUGCUAACCACCAUGCGUUCCUUAUUUUAUUCUCUUCCUUUGGCCUUCAGGCUCAACCCAGAUGUGAUUGCUUUGAAAUAUGAUCCACAGGUAGAAGAAGAUCUCCGCAACUGGAUUGAAGAAGUUACUGGAAUGAGCAUUGGCCCAAAUUUCCAGCUGGGCUUAAAGGACGGCAUUAUACUAUGCGAGCUUAUCAACAAACUCCAGCCAGGAUCAAUAAAGAAAAUAAACCAGUCCAAGUUAAACUGGCACCAGCUGGAGAACAUUGGAAAUUUUAUCAAGGCCAUUCAACAAUAUGGCAUGAAACCACAUGAUAUUUUUGAAGCAAAUGAUCUCUUUGAGAAUGGAAAUAUGACCCAAGUUCAAACUUCAUUGGUGGCACUUGCAGGCUUGGCAAAAACCAAAGGAUUCCACACUACAAUUGAUAUUGGUGUUAAAUAUGCAGAAAAGCAAGCGAGAAGUUUUGAUGCUGGAAAACUCAAGGCUGGACAAAGUGUGAUUGGUUUGCAGAUGGGGACUAACAAAUGUGCUAGCCAGGCAGGAAUGACAGCUUAUGGAACUAGGAGACAUCUCUAUGAUCCAAAGAUGCAAACAGACAAGCCAUUUGACCAGACAACAAUUAGCCUGCAGAUGGGGACUAAUAAAGGAGCCAGUCAGGCAGGGAUGCCUGCACCAGGAACAAGGCGAGACAUCUAUGACCAGAAGGUCACAUUACAGCCCAUUGAUAACACUACAAUUUCACUACAAAUGGGCACCAACAAAGUAGCUUCACAGAAGGGGAUGAGUGUAUAUGGGCUUGGACGGCAAGUGUAUGAUCCUAAGUAUUGUGCUGCACCAACAGAACCUGUCAUUCAUAAUGGAAGCCAAGGAACGGGAACUAAUGGAUCAGAAAUCAGUGAUAGUGAUUAUCAGGCAGAAUAUCCAGAUGACUAUCACGGCGAAUACCAAGAUGAAUAUCAGAGAGAUUACCACGGUCAAUACAGUGACCAUGGCAUUGAUUACUAGAUUUGCCUCAAAAGCUCAGUAUUAGUUUAUUAUUUUAUUCAAGAAAAACGAAACUAGCCUUGUGGAAUUGUUACCCAUCCUUUACACAUUAUGCUUCAUGUACUUAAGGAAAUAUUGCCUUACAUAACAUUCCUUUUUCCUUUCUUUGCCCUUUUCUUCUCUAGUUGCCUUUAGUGCUGUAACAUUUGCAGUCUACAGCAUAACCAAUUAACAGCAUAUGAAGUAAAAAGGAAUACUGUGAAAGGGAACUUCUCGUAUACAGCCAAGUCUUUUAAUAAUAAGGAACUAUGCAUUUUUUUUACAAUCUUGUUCUGAAAUAGGCAUCUUACAUACUAUACCAAGCUUUUCCUUUUAAACUUUUUUAUUUACAGCUCCAUUCUGUGGAAGACUGUAAAUGCUUUUAUUCAUUAAGUUAAUUCUGGACCAUACCAUCAAAAUAAAGUUAAUAGUUAAAUAGUUAAAAAUGUUGGUUUUGUACUUGCUUGCUUAUCUCCUGAAGUCAUAGUAGAAAUAAUAAAUGUGCAUUUGUGAUUGUGUAUGUUUCAUCAUAAUGUCUAAAUUCACCAAAAUUCUAGGAAAAGCUUUCUUUUUUAGAAGGGAACUAGUAUUAAAUUCUGAGCCCACAAAAAUCUUUACAUUUUGAAGGUCAUUGACUUUAUUUUCUGUGCCAUAUAUCCAUGUAGAAUUGCCUUUCCUUUGAAUUGUAUUUAUUGCCACAUUUCUCAUCAUCAACUGAUCUUGUUGUAUUUUUUAUAAAUAAAUAUUGUUUUCUUGAA